GUCGUGUGAAAACCAAAAUCGUGACCAAAUUGAAACUCUUGAGCCCGAAGGUUGUCCCCCGAGGUGGACGCUUUUCGUGGCUCAAGUUUUGAGAUGAAUUUCGCCGGAGUCGAGCUCCUGAAUAAAUGACAAAGGAAAAUCCGUUUCGUAAAUAUGUAUAUCCGGUCAGCCAUGGCUCAGCCAUGACUCUCGAGUCUCCCCACUAUAGGUGUGUCGUCAUGCGUCACGCUUUGGGGGUUCCAAAGUGCUGGAUAUCCUUCUUACGAGAUGGGAAGGACCGCGGGAGCGAUGGGAGCCGGGGCGGCAGCGGCGGGAAUCUCGGCGCCGACGGCAGGAGCCUCACCGGCGGCAGCCUUCUGGGGGCAGUCGCGGGAGAUGUGACCAGCCUCGCCGCACUGGUAGCAGGUCUUGCCAGCAGUGUUCAGAGGACCGCCGUUGGGAGCAGUGCAGUCGCGGGAGAUGUGGCCGAGCUUGCCGCAAGCAUAGCACUUCAUGGCCUGAGCCUGGCAGUCGCGCGCAAAGUGGUUGGGACCACCGCACUUGUAGCAGGUGGCGGGACGAGGGCCGCCGCCGAAACCGCCACGGCCGCCGUAGCCACCGAAGGCACCGCGGGGAGCGGGACCGCCGCGGCCCAUGUUGACUCCGGGAGGGUUCUGGCACGACCGGGCCAGGUGGCCGGGCUGACCGCAGUUGUAGCAGCGACCGUUGGCGGCGCCGGCGCCGGUCAAGCGGAGGGUAGGGCAGUCAGCCUGGACGUGGCCGAGACCCUGGCAGUGAUAGCACUGCUUGGCAUCGGUGGAGCGGGGCAGAGGGCACUGGUUGGACUCGUGGCCUGAAGUACGACGUGUGGCGUCAGUAUGAGGUCGAGAG